AUGAGCACGAGUCACCUGUCAGCAACAUAUUCUCAGUCUUUAUUCACGCCAACCGACACAUCUGCUCUACUGGAUGCUGCUACCUUGCGCAAACUCAGUGCUUCAUCGUCGCUCCAAUUUGCAAUGGGGCAACCACGAGGUUUUAUGGCUGAAGAUGACGCCAAGCAUGUGCUAUCAAACAAUAUGGACACUGAUGGGUCUGCUAUCGUCUACUCGUCGGAUACGGCAUCCAGAGCUUCUACUGGCUCUCCAACUCAUAGUGUGCGACAUCAAACCUUGUCAUCGGAGUACCGUGCAACAACAUACUCGCCUCUCUUCUCAGAGCCACACUUUGACAACUAUGUAAAGACAUCACCGAAUCGGUUUGCUAUCAAUGGUCAAGUCGGAUCUCCAUCAGACACUCCAUCAAGGAUGACUUCACCUGCGCAAUCUACGUCACCAUACAGCACUACCACUCAACCAGCUAUAGGAAACAUCAACAACAAACGCCCUACACCAUAUAAACAAACCACCCCAGCUUCCCGAGCACUCUUCGAGCCACAUACACGAGUAUCAACCAAUAACGACAAGUCAGGAGCUCCAUUCACAGCCAUCGGUAGUCAUCUAGGUGUAUCAUCACAUUUUGCCCCACUAUCAUUAUUCGACUCGACACCAUCUAUAGUACAGGCCAAACCAAAACAAUUGUCAUCAGCCUUUGCUACUAGCCCCAGGUUGUCCAGAGUAGAUCCAUUCGUCGGCUCUAUGGGUCAACAAUACACAAUGGAUGUCUCACAACCAUCGAAUGAUAUUUGGCAUCAACGUGAUAGCGAUGAUGGCAGACUAUCAACUACAUCGUCUAGUAGUCUCAGUGCUCAUCUCAGCGUCAGCGUGUCUAGACGGGCUAGCGUUGGUGAUAUAGUAGGAGUAGAACGUGCACCACAAGUCAUCAACACUACAUUCCAGCAUCAGCCUGACACUGUUAUGGAAGAGAAUAACCGAAAGAGACUCGUCUCCUUUGACUCUGCCGUCGAGUUGCAAGAUACUACUCCGUUUACUGCUCAUGGUGACGAGCAAGAUCUGAUGUUGCUUGACUAUAGUGACCAGACCGAAGAUAAGCAAGUAGAGAGCUUUAUUGGAUACAUGUUGCAGCAUGGCUCUGUCGAAGUAGGAUCGCCAACAGCAAGAGCACUCGUAGACGAAACCGACAAUAGCAACACCAUGUCGUCACCACCUCGGUCAAGCGCUUCACCCGAAAUCACAGUCAAGAGUGAACGCCGAUCAAGGAGGCAUAGACCUAUAACCCGUCGUAGUCGUAGAAGAAGACGUGCUAGUAGUGAUGAUGAGCCAGCAGAUGCUUCUGCAGAUGGUUCCUAUGAUGAAGAUGGUGGUCUACAUGGCGGUAGCAGUAGUGAUGCCACACCCAGACACCAGUCUCUACGAUUCGAUGGUGAUCUGUAUACUCCCCGAUUGGUGAGAUAUAGUGGUACACAAAAGCAAGGCUUUUGUGAACAAUGUCCUGAACCUGGCAAAUGGUUGCAACUCAAGACAUCUGCCUUUUGGUAUCACAAGCAAUUUUUCCAUGGCAUAUCAUCUAUAACUGGGCAAUACUUUACAACACCUGCAUCACUACGUCUCGUAUAUCAACAAACUGGACAAGCUGACUUCACCGAACGCAAACAAAGCAACUCCAAGGACGGCGCAGCACCGACAGCAACCUUUAUGGUGGAAGCCCUAUGUAAAGAGUGUGAUAGCUGGAUAUCAGUCAUGAACCCAAAACGACGAGGAUCAGUACCAAGUGGCAUACCAUCGGAACUAGCAGCUGCCCAUCAAACACACCAACAUCGUCGAGACAGUAGUAAGGAAGCUGAACAACCAUGGUAUACAACACUGCCAGUUGGUACGAACAUAAAUGACUCCAAUUGGACUGCUCUUGAAGGAGAACCCGAAAACCGAUAUGAAGUACGAACCAACUCUCGUGGCCAAUACGUCUUCCCAACUGGUGUAAUUGAUACUGUCUUGAACUAUACUGUGCAGGAGGCUGGACAUGUAUUGAAGGCUGACGGAAUGACUGUGCUCUGGUUUAGGCAUGCUUACAGGUGUACGGAUCAACAAUCAAGUAACUCUCAGGACCGUGCCAAACGAAGUGGGAGUGGGAGCAAGAAUGAUGAAUGA